UCGAGCUGAAAUCAUAGAGAUGACCAGCACUGAAAGACCAUCAAUGAAAGGAAAGAGAGAGUCGUGAUAUGACUUAAAAGACAGACUGCACUCUUUAAGAGAAAGUGGGAGGUUGUCAGUUCGGGAACGGGCUGGAUUUCGACUACAUUAAAUCCAGAACUCUUCUGCAGGGCAUGCUCUGUGUGCAUGGUGUUAAGUACAUAUUGGAUACUCUAUAAUUUAUAAUUUAAAAAAAAAACAGUCAAACUUGUCCAGCUCAAUUUAAAAAAAGAAUCUCAUAGAGGACAAAUUAAACCGAAAGUCAGUCAUGGAUACCAUCCUCAGUGAGCUUUUUACUCCUGAUCCGCCGAUCAACGUCUCUCACCACCACUGGGGGGUGCCAUACUUGAAGAGAUUAGCACAUCUGGACGAGGCUCUCUAUAAGGAUGUUUAUGGCCUGUGGAUCACCCUUAUGGUGGUAAACAGCAUCAUGUUCUUGGUGGGGCUCGUGCUAAACAGCUUGGCUCUCUAUGUUUUCUGUGUGGGGACAAGAUCUCGCACCGCACCCCUCAUCUACACCAUUAACUUAGCCGUAGCCGACCUCUUGGUAGCGCUGUCACUACCGGCCAGGAUUGCUCUGUAUUACAGUGGCGGAGGCUGUGUGGCCUGUUCGUAUGUGCAUACAUUUAGCUAUUUUGUUAACAUGUACUGCAGCAUCCUGUUCCUCACCAGCAUCUGCGUGGAUCGUUACAUGGCAGUGGUUUGGGCUGCAGGCACAGCAGACCGCUGCAGAAGCCCUGGCGUAGCUAAAUGUGUUAGUGCAGGGGUGUGGCUUUUCGCUGUGGUGGUCACCUACUCCUUCCAGACAACAGCUCUGGAAUUUGCUGGAUCAUCCUGCUGCCACCUGCCUGUGCUUUUUGCCGUUACUCUGCUGGAGUUUGUGAUCCCCCUGCUGGUCAUCGUGAUUUUCACAGCACGAGUUGCCUGUGCUCUCGCCAAUGACCGUCUCAUGGCACAGAGCCGGGGUCGCAGGGCGAGAGCCGUGCGUCUGUUACUGGCUGUGCUUAUCGUCUUUGUCGUUUGCUUCACGCCCUACCAUGUGCGAGAGGCCCUUGUGUACUUCCGCCUAGGAGGUGGAAAAGAACAGCAUGUGGUUGCCUAUCACACCACGGUGACCCUUAGUAGCCUAAACAGCUGCCUAGACCCUGUGGUCUACUGCUUUGUACCUGAUAACUUCCGCUCCGCCCUGCGCCGUGCUUACAGGAGGAGAGAGCCUCAGCAUUCUAGUGCAGUGGAGGUGACCGGUCCUCGCCGAAGCUCCAAAGGGUCCAGCGCCGCCAUGGUUGUUGUUUACAGCAUAGCCACUCUCACACUCAGGCCCUGCACCCUGCCUCCUGCAGAGCUGACAGCAUGACAUGAAAAAAUAGAAGUAGAUAAAGAACACACCGGCCAAAAAAUAUAUUUUAAUAUACACUAAAACUGUCUCAGAAGUCAAAACUUGGAUUGGAUUAUCUCUCACACUUUUCCCGGACAGGUUCUAAGGAUCAAAACUCAUUUUGCCUUUUCCUGCCCAAGCAAAGGGGAAAAGAUUCAUCAUUCCACAGAACUGCUGCCCCUUGUGGCUGAGUAUAAUUCAGUUGAAGCAAUAAUUGAA